GAUAAAAAAAGCAGGUGAAAGCCAAAACCUAUUAAAUAUUUUACUGGGUGUCCUAAAUGGGGGACUACGGGUUCGGUGUUGUGGUGAAGAACAGCAGUGGUAACAAAUCUCCUUUCCCUGUAAGGAUCCCUCCUCACCUUCAACCCCAACACCCUCACCACCCUUCCAACCCGCCGAGCCCCCACCCCUUGGUAAAUAACACCUGCUCCACUAAUGGGGGCAGUGCUUGGCUGUUCCCCGCAGUAGCCCAACACAGUAACAUGCAAGAUGAGAUUCUGGAAUCGGACAAGUUCAAGACUUUAGACCUCCAGGAAAUGCAGGAAAAGUCUCAGGUUCAGGCCCAGCCUCAGGCCAUCUCUCCAGGCCCACAGGAAGCCGACACUUCUUUAGGCGAGCUGGAGGGAGCUCUUCCUGAAGACAACUUGAUGGAGAAAGGUUCUCUGGAGAGCAGUGGUGGGAAGGAGAAGCUCAGGAUGGAGUCACCAGUGCUGAGUGGGUUUGACUACCAGGACACCCUGGGAAUGGGUUCAGGGUGCACACAGUCCCCCACCUCCUCACUGACGAGCUUCAACAACUGGUCCCCUGCUGUUCCUUCUACCCAGUCUCCAGCGGUAGUUGAUGACGUUGGAGGCUUCUUCGGUCCUGCUGGAUCCAAUGGCAAUGCACCUCCUCUGCUGUUCCAGAGCUUCUCCCACCACGCCGGGCCUAGCUUUGGUGCUGGUGGCAAUUUCUCUCCACAGAUUGGACCAGUCUCCCAGCACCAUCCUUCCACACCUCACCCCCAGCCCUACCACCCUCAUGGGCAGGGUGUUCCACCGCAGCACCGGCGCUCCCCGGCAAGCCCUCACCCUCCUCAGCCCUCCUUCCCUCCGCAUGCCCAUCGGACCGGAGGCUUCCCACAGCUGCCCCACCUCACUCCUGCCCAGAGCAAACACCCUUCGCCUUGGGGAAACUACCAGAGCCCCUCCACUCCCACAUCAACCACCUGGAGCCCCAGCGGCUAUGGAGGCUGGGGUGGCUCACAUGGGGUUCGAGAAUACAGACGUGGUGUCGGUGGAGCAAUGACUGGCCUUAACUCCAUCUCUCCGCUGAAGAAGUCCUUCCCCAACAGUCAGGUUCCUCUCCAGAAGUUUCCCCGUAAUAGCUCUGGCUUUAAUCACAAGGGCUGGGUGGAGGAUGCUGUGAGCCGCAGUGAUGGUGUCUACCCUUUCCAGCAGGAGAGAACUCGCUCCUUUGAUGGUUUCAACAUGCACUCUCUGGAGAACUCCCUGAUCGACAUUAUGAGGGCUGAACAGGAUUCCUUGAAAGGACGCUUCAGUUUCUCUCACCAGGGUGGAGACGGGCCUCUGCCUAUGAAUGCGAGAACCUAUGGCAGAAGACGAGGUCAUUCCUCGCUGUUCCCAAUGGAGGAUGAGUGCUCUUUCGGGGAGGAUGAGACCACGGACCAAGGUCUUGGUGGACUUGGCUCAGCGCACUGUUUCCCUCACCUGAACGGGGAACGCAUAGAGCGCUACUCUCGAAAAGUGUUUGUCGGAGGGCUGCCCCCAGACAUCGACGAAGAUGAAAUCACUGCCAGUUUUCGUCGUUUUGGUCACUUGUUUGUUGACUGGCCUCACAAAGCAGAGAGCAAAUCGUAUUUCCCCCCAAAAGGAUAUGCCUUCCUGCUCUUUCAAGAUGAGAGCUCUGUUCAGGCUCUGAUUGAUGCCUGUAUUCAAGAGGAUGGCAAACUAUACCUGUGUGUCUCCAGCCCCACCAUCAAAGACAAGCCUGUGCAAAUUAGACCCUGGAACCUAAAUGACAGUGACUUUGUGAUGGAUGGCUCUCAGCCGUUGGACCCAAGGAAGACCAUCUUUGUCGGCGGUGUACCUCGCCCUCUACGCGCAGUGGAACUGGCCAUGAUCAUGGACCGUCUCUAUGGCGGAGUGUGCUAUGCUGGGAUUGACACAGACCCUGAACUGAAAUACCCCAAGGGGGCGGGGCGAGUGGCUUUCUCAAAUCAGCAAAGCUACAUUGCAGCCAUCAGUGCUAGAUUUGUUCAACUGCAGCACGGGGAGAUUGACAAAAGGGUGGAAGUGAAGCCAUACGUGCUGGAUGACCAGCUGUGUGACGAGUGCCAGGGAACGCGCUGCGGGGGGAAGUUUGCGCCGUUCUUCUGCGCCAACGUGACCUGUCUGCAGUACUACUGUGAAUACUGUUGGGCGGCCAUCCACUCCCGGGCGGGCCGCGAGUUCCACAAGCCCCUGGUGAAGGAAGGUGGCGACCGACCCCGACACAUCUCCUUCCGCUGGAACUAAGGCAAGGGAGAGAACCUAGGAUGGGUUGGGAGGGGGGCGGGCUCUCUGAGAGAAAAGGGUCGUUCGGGAAGGGGGUAUUGGGGUGACCUAUGAUAUGAAAAUAUAAAUGCACUUUUCUUUUAAGUAAAAAAAAAAAAAGAUUUAAUUUAUAUUAUUUUUUUAAUUGGGCCCGCUAAACAUAGUAACUGCUCAGAAGAGCGUAAAAUCCCAUUUAUGUUUUGACUUAAAGUGUGCAUGAACAUAUGAAUGCAUUCUAUUUGGAUUUCGAUGUUUUCUUACCUGACUGUAAUUUUGUUGGUGUUAGCUGGCAAAGCUGCUUACAUUUGUUAUCAAGAGUAACAAAAUUUAAUUGGGGGUCAUCAUAAUACCUAAAUCAGUAUACUGACGAUGGAAGCUGCAUUGGAGAGAGUACGUUUUCUUUUUUUUUUUUUGUUUUUUGCGUGCAGAAUUUGAAAACAAGUACCAUUUACCAAAGUUUGAGUUGGGUUUGAAAUAUGAGGAAGAAUGUUGUUUUAGAUGGCGAGUUGAUCUGUUUGAAAGCUGGCCACCAUCACACAUCAGUCUCCCUGCCUCUGGCAAAAGCUGCGUUUGAACUGCUUGCAAUUGUUUGAAGUCUCUGUUUAGAAGUUGACACUGUCACCGGAAAGGCAAACCAAAGAUUGGCCUCAAAACGCAUCGUUGAGAACAGACGUCGACGCGGGGUAGUCGCCUCCUCUCGUCACGCGGGGGAGGCAAGUAACCGGUAGUCUUCUGGACUUUCAGCUCAUUAAGGCCCAGCCCUCGUGGCUCAGGUAUUGGCAGUAGUAUUUGCUUGCAUUAUAUUGUCAGGGAUAUUAGCACUGGAAGCUAACAUGCUAAUGUAGUACAAACUACGGGAAUGCACAGUUCCUUGUCCCUGGGCUGUCUUCAUGGUGUACCACUGCACGCUCUACCUGAAUUGGAACUUCUCUCACUGGUGUUGUGGUCGGAUAUGGUUGUAGCUAGAAUUUGCUGUCACAGAGAAAAAUAUAUUAUUUUAUACAUGGCCUGCUGAUUUUUGUACAGUGUUUUAUAGCUGAUUAUUUUGUCAUGGACAUAUAUACAUUUAUUAUGCACUACUUUUCUAAAUAUUUUUUUCAAUAGUCAUUUUAGGCACAUUUUUCACAGAUGGGAGAACUCCUUUUGCAAUACCUCAUUUUUUUCACUUGGUGAAAAAUAAUUUUGUACCUUUGUUACUAAGAGAUCUGCAAUUAUGGUAAACUUAAUUUAAGAAGAAAAAAAAGAAGAUGAAUGAUAUUAAUAUAAUUUUCAAUUCGCUUUUAUAUAUUUAAGUGCUGGUAAAUCUGAACAUUGUCUGGCGUAUCGGUGUGAUUCUGGAGCUUCAAAAUAGCCAAUCUUACGUAGAUUCUCCUCUGCCCCGAUGAACAUUAUUACGGGAUCCUAAGGCAUGGCAAGACCUUUCUAAAAGAUUUUGAUAGUCUUGAAUACAUAUAUCCAUAUAUUCUGGUAUUUCACUCUUAGGUGUAGUUGGUAUGAUUAUGAGUAAAAUAAAUGUUUGGCAUUGGUCGACACGUAAACAUCCUUCUGUCACCUUGAGUGGGUUUGACUAUUUAGGUCCUCUUUCUGGGACUGCCUGUAAGUUCUACUUCUUCUCGGCAUGCAUAAUUAUGUACCACAGCAACUACACGGCUAGCGUUAAUGCAGGACCUAAUGAUGUAACGCACUAGUGCUCCUUCUUUCUUUUCAUUGUCUCUUUGGAGAUCACCUCUCUCUCUACAUGACGGAGUCUGCCUUCCUCACACAGACAUGUUUAUGCAAUCGACACGAUGACAAAACUUUUGUAAUGUAGAGGACACUCGGUAAGACAUAGGUGAGAAGACUUGAUCACUUGAACCCCUUUUGUGAUGUGGCAUGCUUUGGGACAUAACCUGAAUGUGAUGUAAUGUUGCAAGUUUAACUGUGAGCCAUUAUGUGCAAUACUUAUUUUUCUUUCCAGAAACAAGUCUUCACAGUCAGUCAUUGAAUCCAUAAAUCAUGCAGUCACAUUAUUGUUCCCUUCUUUUUGUUCCCUCAUACAGAUGUCUACAAGGCAUAAGUAUAUAAAUAUAUAUAUAUAGAUAUAUGAAAAAAAGCUAAUUUAUACAUGAAUUUAUUUUUAAACGUUUAGUUUUGUGCUUACGUACUUAUUUUGCUACUACCAUGCAACUGUGAUUGAAAACAUUGUAUAAACAAGGUUGAUAAUGUAUUACAUUUGCUAUAUUUUCAAUUGAAAUGUAUGACUAUGAUUUGGAUCAGAUUUUUGUUAUAUUUUUGGGGUGAAGUGUUUAACUUGUUGACGUGUCUAGUUUUUCUAAAUGUUGUUUUGUGCUCCGCAUUUUCAGAUGAAAAAGAAUAUUGACUAUGUCUUAGUAUUACUUGAUUGCAAAUGUCCAAUAGUUUUUAAUUGUAUGCUGGGAAGGUUCUAUUUAUUAACUUUUUUUUAACCUUAUAUAAUUUGGAUUUUUAUUUAGUAUUUUCACAUUUAUAAUUUGAUUUUUAUUAAGUAAUUUCACCUUUAUACUUAAGAUCUAAGUUUUAUAUUUUCUUCCUGAUUAUUUUACACUACAAUACAGACGUCAGUUUUGAUAGCUGGUUUGUAGAAGUGAAGUCAAAACAAAGACCUAAUGUCAUUCAUUUGCUGCCAACCUUGUUUGUAACUGUCUGCAUACAUUUGAAGUAUUUGUAAUGUGAGAUGUUGAACGAAUAAAACAGCUGUGAGGAAGAA